CGGUAAGUUCUUGCGGCAGUAUUUUAUCAUACAUUCGCGGGAGAAGAGCUUUGCAAAGUUUUGUCAGCAACGUGCAUAUCCCCCAAUGUCAAGGACUAUUUCAUUUUAUGGCAUUUAUUUGAGUUACUUGGCAGGCAGUAGCUGCGUGUUAUUAGUACAACCUUUACAGUUUGUUGGCUGUACACUACUAGACAGCUUCCUAGCUAACUAGACAGCUAACGACAUAACUGGCUAACUUUUUGCAGGAGGUCUGUCGUUUUGAUCCAACGUAUCUAAUAUGGCAACCAUUUGUCACUCAAGACGUGCCCUGGUGGAAAUCCCAGCUCCACAGCCGAAAAUUGCAGGUACGUCUGACUUCAACAACUUCACAAAGUAGGUGGCUGGCUAGCCAAGCUAAAUUUCCCUCCACUGCAGCAUCAUAACAGCUGUCCUCGGUGAACUAAGCGCGCGCCAAGAACAAAUGUGGCUAACUAGCUAGCUAACGGCAACUUUAUAUUUUGUAACAAUUUUUCAUCAUAGCUGUAUAGUCAGCCAGUAAGAUCCAAUUAAACACUAAGUCUGAACAAACAAAUCAUGUCAUAUUGCUAAUACAUAUUGAAAAUGGCAAUUUAACUUGUGUGGUCAACUAGCUAGUUAGCUAGCCAACUUUAAGUUAGCAAAUGCAUUGACACAACAUGGUACCUAUUGUUAGCCUUUGCUAACAACUAUUUACCUAAUUAUAACUAGCUGAUAUUGGACAUUUAGCUAAGCAACAAAUGGAGAUUGUUGACUGUGGGUGAGCUGUUUGUCAUUUUGUUUGUAGUUAUUAAUUCAGCAAGAACCAAUACAUUGCAUCUGCUUUGUUAUCUAACGUUAGUACAACUAGAAUAUUAUAACUGGGUUAUCUAUGAUCCUUUAGUAGUCACAAAUGCACUCUAAAGUUAUGCCAAAUGUUUUUUGCAGCUCGUAUGCGAAGGUCCUACCUGGAGGUUCUAAGUUCACGCAUGGCUCCAUUGUCAAACACAUCUAGAGGCAGAAACAUUACCAGCAACUCAAAACGUGGGCAUUCAUGUUAGUAAGCAAAUUAAAUGGAUCAUGUCACUCAGUUUCUAGUCUUAUAUUAGUUGGCUUGUGACUAAUACAGUGGUGUGUGUUUUGCAGUGGACCCAGCCAUAUACAGAACAUGGAGUAGUCGGAGUGAGAGAAUGGAAGACAACCAGACACCCCUGUCCAACCAGCAGCUUGUGCAGCUCAUAAGAUCUCUCAUCCUAGUAGAACAGGGGCAGAGGCAGGAGCCCAGAGCCCUCAUUACAGACCUGAAGCCGUUACAGGAUGACUUGCACCUGAAGAAGACCAAUGUCUACAGAUCUAUACCGUACUCACGCCUGGGGUCCAACAGAGACGCACACUGUUACAGAAAGGCAUAUCCACACCUUGUGGUGUUUAAAGUGAGUAUCAACAUUUUAGUUAUAUGCUCUUUAAGUUGUCCUUAUGUGAAUGUAACUUGGGUAAUUGACCUGAAAUUGAAUCUCCUUGCAUAAUUGACCUGAAAUUGAAUCUCCUUGCAAUAAAUAAUAAGUAUUUUAAGACUUGCGCUCUAACUUUAUUUGAGCUGAUUGUGUGACUUAAGUGCUUCUAAGAUGGUUGAAUAGCUAGAAAUUCUUGGAAAAUCUCCUUGCAAUGUGCUCGACUUUUGAUAAACUGGGUUGUGAUUGGUAUGAAGCUGGGUCACCUGCUGUGUGUCUGAAUGAACCUUGGCAUUUUCCUCCUCACAGGUUUCCUGCCAGGAGUGGGGCCAGCUGCUGCUGCAGAACCAAGAGUGGGAGUCUGCUCUGGAGCACGCCCUAGUGGCGUGGAGGUACACCAGCGAGCUGCCACAGUGGGACACCAGCAGCCACAACUCGGUGAGAGAACAGUGUUACAGCAUGCUGGCAGCACACUGUAUCACAGCUCUACAGCACUACUGCCCAGAGCCCAGCAAAGCCAGAGAGCUGCACAGGAGGUAAGUCCUCCUUUCUUUGGAAGCUUUUCACAGGUCAUAGGUGUUCUGAUUGAAUUGUUAACACUGUAUUGGGUUUAAACUGUGUUUCCUUUGACCGGUAAUUGCCGGCUUUUGGAACGGUAAAAAUGCAUAAAACCAGAUAAAAACAUUCUGCUGAAAAUAAAUAUGCUCUAUAAAUCACUUUGGCUAUGCAUGGAGGUUGGUUCUGGUUGUCUUUCAAUCGCAUCAUCUCUCUACUCUGUCAACUCUGCCUGUCAGUCUUGAGCUCUUGCUAUAGCAAACUUGCAACACUGUAUUACCUGAUACCAGCUCAAAGUUUCCCGCGCCAGUGAGUCUGUGACAGACGAGGCUCAGGGCUCUACACUGAGACCAUUUUACUUGCAUAUGCGCCUAAAUAUUUUUGCUGUGCGACCUGGAAUUCUAAUUUAGGGCACCAGUGCGUGACUAGCUGUAUUGCCUCAAAUAUUCUUCAUUGUACUCCUACAUUUCUUUACUUAACACUUAUUAACCAUCACUUAUUCACUUUAAUAAAAUAUUUAAGUUGUGUAUAUGGCUUUUGUUUUAUUUGAUGACUUUAUUUUUUCAUUCCAAGUCAUCUCAUCUCUAUAGAGCUGCUGUCUGACAAAAUCACAAUUUUAGUAGUUCUUCAAAUUUUGACUGCUGAAUACCAACUUUCUCACUUAGGUCAUAUAUUUUUAGGUCGAGAUGCCUCCCGAAGCAACUGCUCUCUCCCACAUUCUUCUCUCCAUGUCUGCCCCACACUAACCUAAAGUAGCAGGCGUAAAAGAAACAGACUGGAAAAGUAGGCAUGAAAGGGAUUAUGGUCAUUAGUUAAUUGCCAUGUUUUGUGCUAAACUAUGUAGAACAUUGGCCUGUUGGAAACUACAACUCCCUCCUACGUCGCACAGUUUUGGCCUGAUCUGAUUUAUCGCCAAAGAAACUGCGCAUUGAGCUCACAGGAAAAAAAACGAACGACAUGGAAUUCUAAUAAUUAGUUGUUUAAAACCCACUGGUGGCAGUGGGCACUCCUAAAAAAGCAUAACCCUACACGUGGUGGCAUUUAAAUGGGUUUUCUAUUUGAUACGGCCGGUAAAUCUCGCAUUUGUCUGUCAAAUUAAAAUAUGUUCGGACAUUUGACCGGCACAACCUUUUCCUAAUGGAAACAUUGUAUACGCUAGAUGUGUUUUAAUCCCAGUUCUUGUGGGAGGAGAACGUCAGGCCUUUUCUAACUAUGAAAAGAUAAAUCAAUGGGAAUACUGCUCCUUUCAACUAAUCUUUUCUAUAACUCUUUCCUUCAGGUUUAAAAUGGCACAGCUGCACAGUCAGUUGAUCUCUCCUUGUAUUCAGGAGCUAGAGAGGAGCCUCGGAGAAGCACAGGUUUGUUCCAUGAACACACACUGAAAUGGCCAAACCACUGAAAUGGCCAACACUAAGAUCAGCUGACAACAAUCAGCACUGCUUCCAAGUCUACGGGGUUACACUAUUGAGCAGCGUAUAUCAGUGGUUGCCAUUCAACGAACUAUGUGUGGUAUCCUUGCCUACAGUAUUCCCCCUUGCCUACAGUAUUCCCCCAGAGUAAAUACAAGAGAAAGCUUUGAAUUUUGGUAAGCUGUUUUUUAAAUAUGAAUUUAAGCUUUUUGUAUUUAAGUUUUGUAAAAUGUGUUUGCGGAACUAUUGAAUGUUAUCAUAAGGAAAUUAUGAAAUGGCCUUUAAAAUGUUAAAUGCUGUCAUAGCGAAAUUAUUAACUGGCCUUUUCUCCCGUAGAUGUUUUAUAUGGAGGGAUGUUUUUGUUGAUGUGUUGAAAAAUUCCACGAUACUUGAAACUGCUGCCUUUUUUUCAACUUUGCUGAAUGCUUCCUGUUUUGUAAAUAUGUAUGUCUGAAAUAACUGUUGCACUGUUAUUUUCUUCAUCCUGGAAACUUGACAUUUUGAUAAAAUAUAAUCUAAUUUAA